AUGUCUGGCCCAGAAAUGAAUGUCCCUGCAAAGUGUGAGGAAGAGGUCUCGGAUUCAGAGAUGACUUCACCACAGCGAUGUAAAGACUAUGAAAGGGAUGAACAGAUGAGGUCAGAGUCUCCUACAUCCUCCUGUCUGUCGGUAAAGAGUGACAGUUCAAUGGUAAAACCAGCUGACUUCAGCCAAGACACCAGUUCGGGAGACAAAAGUGACCUGACGGAAUAUCUUUUAGAAUGUGACAUGUGUAAGGAGAUGCUGAAUGAUCUAGUCUCCAUUCCCUGUGGACACAGAUACUGCAGACAGUGCAUCUGUAAAUGGGAUUUGUCUGAAAUACUUCAAGUCCAGCAGGCAGAGUUCAGUCCUGUUAACCCAGACCACUGCUACACUAGACCUGGAGAAAUAGUCUGUGAUUUCUGCACUGGGGUGAAGCUGAGAGCUGUGAAGUCCUGUCUGACCUGCCCUGCCUCCCUCUGUGAGAACCAUGUCAGGCAGCACUGCACAAUACCAGCACUGCAGAGACACACACUGGUGGAGGUGACUGGAGACCUGGAGCAGAGACUCUGUCAGCAGCACCACAGAGUUCUGGAGGUGUUCUGUAAAACUGACCAGACACACAUCUGUAAAGUUUGUGCAGUGGAGGAACACAACGGCCACAGUAAACUCUACAGAGAGAUCUCUAAUGUACCAGACACUGCAAGCCUUCUCACCCUGUCUCUGACAAACAUAACAACAGAAGAUUUCAAAAACUUUAAAAGAGGACUGAAUGAAGAUUACCCAGAAUGCUUAGGGAGUCAGUGGGAGGAUCUUGAUGUGUCUAGUGUUGUUGAGAAGAUGCUGGAUAGUUUUGGAGUAAUGGCUGCCCUGAGGAUCACACAACAUUUCCAAGAUAUUGAUAUACAUCUAAACAAAGUCAAAGAAGUCUGUAAAACAAAUUUGAAAGAGAAAAUUCAACACAUAGCUGAAGGAAUUUUACCACAAGGAAAACUGACCUUUUUGAAUGAGAUCUACACAGAUCUGCACAUCACAGUGGGUGGAAGUGGAGAGGUCAAUAAUGAACAUGAGGUUAGACGUAUUGAGAUGACAUCCAAGAGACAAACUUCUCAAGAGAGUCUUAUCAAACUUAAUGACAUUUUUCAACCACUUCCUGGGGAAAGUAAACAAAUCAGAACAGUGCUGACAAAGGGUGUAGCUGGAAUUGGAAAGACUGUCUCUGUACAGAAGUUCAUUCUCGACUGGACUGAAGGAAAAGCCAAUGAAGAUAUCGUGGCCAUAGUCCCUCUACCUUUCAGGGAUCUUAAUCUGAGAAAAGAGAACUACAGUCUCAUCCAGCUCAUGCAUAAUUAUGUGCCAGAGCUGAGUGGUAAAAGAAUAAUUGGUAACAGAAAGUGCAAGUUGCUCUUCAUUUGUGAUGGUCUGGAUGAGUGUCGGCUUCAUCUAGAUUUCCAGAACAAUGAGGUUUGUUCUGAUGUGACAAAGUCAACCUCGGUGGAUGUGCUGCUGACAAACCUCAUCCAGGGGAAUCUGCUUCCCUCUGCUCUCCUCUGGAUAACCUCCCGACCAGCAGCAGCCAAUCAGAUCCCUCCUGAGAAUGUCCACAGGGUCACAGAAAUCUGUGGGUUCAAUGACUGUCAGAAGGAGGAGUAUUUCAGGAAGAGGAUCAGUGAUCAGAGCUUCGCCAACAGAAUCAUCACACACAUCAAGUCAACAAGGAGCCUCCACAUCAUGUGUCACAUACCAGUCUUCUGUUGGCUUUCAGCCACUGUGCUUGAGAACAUGAUGAGUGAUGAAAAUGCUGGUGAAAUCCCUAAAACUCUGACUGAGAUGUACACACACUUCCUACUCAUUCAAAUCAGUCUGAAGAAUAAGAAGUACCAUGGAACCACAGUCGAUAUCCAAAAGAAACUGCCUAAAUCAGACAAAGAGAUGAUUAUGAAAUUAGGAAAACUGGCUUUUCAACAGCUAGAGAGAGGUAACCUGAUAUUCUAUGAAGAGGACCUGAGAGAGUGUGGCAUUGAUGUGAGUGAAUCUUCAGAGUACUCUUCAGUGUGCACAGAGAUCUUUAGAGAGGAGCUGGGAUUGUACAGGGAGAAGGUUUUCUGUUUUGUACAUCUGAGCAUUCAGGAGCAUCUUGCUGCAGUGUAUGCACAUUUCACAUGUGUGAAUGAGAACAGCAAUGUUUUUGAAAUACCGGGAUCCAGAGUUCAAGGGGACCAACUGGAAAUGGUUGAACUGUACAAGAGUGCAGUGGAUAAAGCCCUCCAGAGUAAAAAUGGACAUCUGGAUCUUUUCCUCCGCUUUCUUUUCGGCCUCUCAGUGGACUCUAACCAAACUCUCCUACAAGACCUUAUGAUGGGAAAAUGUUCAAAAAUGAAGGCACAUACCACUGUAGAGACAAAAGAGUAUAUAAAAAUGAAGGUCAGGAAGGAAUCAUCACCAGAGAGAGUCAUCAAUCUGUUCCACUGUCUAAGUGAACUCAAAGACAAUUCACAAGUGAAGGAAAUCCAAACUGCCUUCAGAUCAGGAAUGCUGUGUUUUAAAAAGAUGGAACCACACCAGUGUUCAGCUCUGGCCUAUGUGUUACUGAUGUCAGAGGAGGUGCUGGAUGAGUUUGAUCUGAAGAGGUACAAAACAUCAGCAGCAGGUCAGCAGAGGCUGCUCCCAGUACUCAGGACAUGCAGGAAGGCCAGCCUGGCUUGCUGUGAUCUCCAGUCUGAAUCGUGUAAAUCUGUGGCCUCAGCUGUCCUGUCAGUGAACUCACCCCUGAGAGAGGUGGAUCUCAGCUGCAACAACCUGACAGAUUCAGGAGUGAAACAGCUCUGUAUUGGACUGAUUAAUCCAAACUGUCAACUACAGAAACUAGGUUUGGUUGGCUGUAAUCUCUCCUCUGAAUCCUGUGAAGCUGUGGCCUCAGUUCUGAUGUCAGCGAAGUCAUGCCUGAGAGAGCUGGAUCUCAGCUAAAACAACCUGACAGAUUCAGGGGGGAAGUUGCUCUAUUCUUCCCUGUUAAAUCCAAACUGUCAACUACGGAAACUGGGGCUAAAAUGGUGUAGUCUCACAGAGGGCAGCUGUGUAGAUUUGGCCUUGGUCCUGAGUUGUCCCCACUCCCCAUUGAGAGAACUGGAGCUGAAGGACAAUGAUCUGCAGGAUUCAGGAGUGAAGCUGUUCUCUGCUGGACUGAAGGAUACACAUUGUAAACUGGAAAAACUUGGGCUUUCAGGCUGUCUAAUCACAGAGGAAGGCUGUGCCUCUCUGGCCUCAGCCCUGACAUCAAACCCCCUGCACCUGAGAGAACUGGAUCUGAGCUACAAUCACCCAGGAGACACAGGAGUAAAUCCGCUCUUUGCUCUUUUGAAGGAUUCACACUGUAAACUGGAGAAACUGGCACUGGACCAUUGUGGAAAGUGUAGGAUGCAAUCAGGGCCGAAGAAAUGUAAGUCUGAUUCUGAUGGGUACUACUUCUGUCAGAAUCAGGAACUAUCAGCUAAAUUUUCUUGCAUUCAGUCCUCUCACACAAUAGGAGUGUAUCUAGACUGGGCUGAUGGUAAUCUGGCCUUCUACACUGUCUCCAAUGACACACCAGCCCUUCUGUACCCACUCCAUACCACAUUCACUCAGCCUCUCUAUGCAUUUUGUAUGGUUCAUGGCAAAGGCACUGCCGAUUUUAAGCGAGUCUACUGA